UUCCACAUGUGUCUAAUGUUUUCCUUCCAAAGGUCUGGCUUGGAAAGAUAGAACACACAAAGAAAAACUGCUCUCAACUUGUAGGAUACUUUACGCUGAUGCGGUAGAGAACCUACAUGAUACAGUAGAAGUAGAGUAGGACAGUGUUCUCUUUCUUUGACAACAUAAACGUCUUCAGGUUGUUUAUUUGGCCACUUGGACAUGAAGGCAUUCCAGGUCGUGCUUGUUCUCCUCCUGACUGCUGCUGCAGCUGAUGGUCAAUCUUUCCAUUUUGGCAAAUGUCCCCAGCCAUGUGUUCAAGAGGACUUCAAUGUUACAAAGUAUAUGGGCACCUGGUAUGAAAUAGAGAAGCUCCCAGCUAUUUUUGAAAGAGGACAAUGUAACCAAGCUACAUACAGUCUGCUCCCUGAUGGGACAGUCAAAGUUCUCAAUGCAGAGCUGCUGUCCAAUGGGAAGAUAAACUCAAUUGAGGGUGUUGCCAGAGUUAAAAACUCAUCUCAACCUGCUAUUCUGGGUGUCAGCUUCUUUAAAGAUAUUCCAGGUGGUCCCUACUGGGUGCUCAACACCGACUACCAGUCCUAUUCGCUGGUGUACUCUUGUUCUGACUAUGGAACUUUCUACGUUGAUUUUACCUGGAUUCUGGCUCGCACUCGGGUGUUGACUGAGGACGUCAUCGGCCGGUUACAUAAUGAGCUGACUUCUGCUGGUGUUAACAUAAGCGGCAUCACAGUCAGCGAUCAGACUGGAUGUGACCAGACCAGAGCCAAGAGGAAUGACAGACCCAUCAUUGGUGUACUGUCUCAAGACAUUCGUAACCCAAAAGGAAAUCAAAUAUCUUACAUUGCUGCCUCUUAUGUCAAGACCCUGGAGUCAGCGGGAGCAAGGGUUGUACCCGUCAUGAUUAACCAGACACCGGAGGAGUAUAAGACACUGUUCAACUCCAUUAACGGGACUUUUACCCUUACCACGUUACAUAAUUCUGCUGUGUUUAUGACUGAUACACCAGCAGAAACUGCUGUAAAUCUUAAUUACAAUGGCAGUAGGAUCCUUUACCCAGGCGGAAGUGCCAGCAUCACAUCAUCUGGUUAUCAACGAGCUGCUAAAGUCUUUUAUGAUCUUGCUAUUGAGGCAAACAAGAGAGGCGACUAUUUUCCUGUGUUUGGCACCUGUCUUGGUUAUGAGCAGCUGACCGUUUUGACAAGUGGAACGGACUUACUGUCACGUACCGAUACGAAUGGUGUGCCAUUACCUCUGAACUUUACUAAUGAAGCCAAAGACAGCAGGAUGUUUAAAGAUGUGCCAGCUGAACUCAUGGAAGAACUGGCUUCUGAGCCGCUGACUGCAAAUGUUCACGAGUGGAGUUUGUUAAUGUCGACUCAAAACACAAAUGAGAAGCUGAAAAACUUUUACAAAGUUCUCUCCACGAAUAUGGAUGGAGAAACAGAGUUUGUGUCAACGGUGGAAGCAUAUGAGUACCCAAUUUAUGGGACACAGUGGCAUCCAGAGAAAAAUGCAUUUGAAUGGAAGCAGUCUUACGUUCCACACUCUCCAUCAGCAGUCAGGACCUCCUACUACAUGGCUGAAUUCUUUGUCAAUGAAGCCAGGAAGAACUUUCACAGAUUUGAAUCUGACAAGGAGGAGACUAAAGCGCUGAUAUACAACUAUAAUCCUGUUUACGUUGGGCCUGAGAGUGUCUUUGAGCAAAUCUAUUAUUUCUGAUGUCUGUUUGCGGAACACUUUUCCUUUUUCAACAGCUGAUUGGCUGUCUCAGUCACGUGACUCGUAAAUGUUUGCAGAUAAUUUUACUUGUUUGUUUGCAUUUGCUGCACAUUCCAUCUGUCCAAUCUGUAACUAAACAAGUAUUGAGUAAAAAAUGUCAAAUUGUGCUUUGUGGAUGCCGGGUUUACAGCUGAGUGAAUAAAUGUGUA